AGACUAACAAUGGAACCAUCCAAAGAUUAUCUGUUCAAAUACAAAGGGUUUUAUUUUGCUGUAAAUACUACACUCGAGUAUGUAUCUACCUUGGAGGAUUUUGAAAUCAAUGACAGUGACAUAUUUCUAGCUACUUACCCCAAAUCAGGAACUGUGUGGACUCAGAACAUUUUGAGUUUAAUAAUGUAUGAAGGCCACCGUAAUGGAACUGAAAACAUAGACACCAUGGAGAGAAUCCCAUGGCUGGAAUACAAUGUGAAUGAUAAGGAUUAUGCACAGCUUCCUUUGCCUCGUGUUUUUGUCACCCACCUGCCUUACUACUUAAUUCCAAGAGACCUGAGAAACAAAAGAGCAUCUAUUAUUUAUGUUACCAGGAACCCUAAGGAUGUUAUGGUUUCUUACUAUCACUUCUCCAAGUACAUGAACACACUAGAGGAAAUAACAGAUUUUAACCUUUUUAUGGAGAGGUUUUUAGCUGGCAAAGUUCUUGCCAGUUCUUGGAUAGACCAUGUUUCAGGCUGGUACAGUCAUGCAGAGGAUUUCAAUAUACUCUUCCUGACCUAUGAAGAGAUGAAAAAGGAUCUCAGAAGUGCUGUGCUGAAGAUCUGCAAGUUCCUAGGCAAGAAGCUGAGCGAAGAGGAAGUGGACAGCGUUGUGAGACAGGCUACAUUUGAGAACAUGAGAAAAGACCCCAGGGCAAACUAUGAGAACCUGCCAGAUGACUUAGUAGAUAAAGACAAGGGUGCUUUUCUCCGAAAAGGCACUGUUGGAGACUGGAAAAACAACAUGACAGUGGCACAGAAUGAAAGGUUUGAUCAAGUUCUUAUGGAGAAAAUUAAGGCCCUGCCCAUCAGUUUCAUCUGGGAUAUAAAUGAAUUGUAG